AUGACGAUAAGAUGUGGAAUGAUCUUGCUAUGCCUGGUAUAUUUAGUGGUUGGACUAGAUGAUGGUUGGGUGUGGAAUCAUUUCAACGCGUCUAAAACUUUGCUGCUGGAGAAUGUGUUAUUGAAUGGUGCAGUGCUCGCUUCUCCGAGUAAAUGUUCUCCAGACUACUAUUUCCACUGGGUCAGAGAUGCAGCACUAGUCACGAGUGCUCUGACUGACUUGUGGAUACGGGAGAGAGGCUCAAACGAUAUUAUACCCCAAGUCAUAUUAAAAAUGGCGGACUUCAAUUUGCAGAUCCAAACUAUGACAGAAACCCCCUGUCAAUGUUUAGGGGAACCAAAAUGGAAUGUGGAUGGGAGAGCAUAUACUGCAAACUGGGGAAGACCUCAAAAUGACGGCCCGGCCUUGCGCGCCCUAGCAUUCAUCAAGUUUUAUGAGAAUUAUGGCCCCUCCUCCUUAACUAAAUUAGCUCCCUUGAUAAAAACAGACCUAGAAUAUGUUGCAAAAGUAUGGCGGGAACCUUGUUUCGAUCUAUGGGAGGAAGUCUACGGAAACCAUUUUCAUACACGGGUGGUCAUGUAUGCUGCAUUAUCUCGUAGCUCCUCAUUGCCAUUCUUGGACACGGUUUCUACAACGUACUAUUCGCUCCAAGCUAAAGAGUUGUUAAAAGUUAUUCAAAGCGAACAUCUAGCAUCAGAUCACAUUUUAGCCACUGUUAACGUAACAGGAUGGACAAACAAGAUCUCAAACCUUGACGUUUCUACUAUUCUGGGGGUAAUACAAGCUGGCAAUUGUGCGCAGGAUGUCUUUCCAAACGGAAUGGAUCUUGUAUUUAAAACUGCUACAAAGUUAGCGAACACUAUGGCUUCUUUGUAUCCUAUCAACCGGAGGUACCCUGACAUUGGCCCAGCCCUUGGUCGCUAUCCUGAAGACACAUAUGACGGCACUGGAAACAGUCAGGGAAAUCCGUGGUUCUUAGCCACUCUGGCUGUCUCCGAAUUUUACUACAAGGCGAGUUUAAAGGAGCCACAUAUUGCGGAUCAACGUAGAGGUGUUUUCAGUAGAAGCAAAUUGUUUGAUGCUGCUGAAGCUUUGGUAGCGCGUGUACGGAAGCAUGCAUCACUUGAUGGUCAUCUCUCCGAAGAAAUGAACAGGGAGACUGGAUUUAUGACUGGUGCUGUUGAUUUAAGUUGGAGUUAUGCUGCGUUUCUAACAGCUAUUUUGGCUCGUCAAGAGGCGCUAUCAAAAUUGGAUCAGUUUGACGACUAG